CGCAGAUGAGCGCUCUCUCAGACAGCGGCGGGCGGCCGGGCGCCCGGCAUGUUCCCUGAGUGUGCGCGGACGACGGGCCCUGGCCCCUCGCGCAUCCCCGACCAAGUCAAUCGCACCCACUUCCCUUUCUUCUCCGACGUCAAGGGCGACCACCGGUUGGUGCUGAGCGUCGUGGAGACCACCGUCCUGGGGCUCAUCUUUGUUGUCUCGCUGCUGGGCAACGUGUGUGCCCUGGUGCUGGUAGCGCGCCGUCGGCGCCGUGGGGGGACUGCCAGCCUGGUGCUCAACCUCUUCUGCGCGGAUUUGCUCUUCACCAGCGCCAUCCCUCUAGUGCUCGUCGUGCGCUGGACUGAGGCCUGGCUACUGGGGCCGGUCGUCUGCCACCUGCUUUUCUACGUGAUGACCAUGAGCGGCAGCGUCGCGAUCCUCACGCUGGCCGCGGUCAGCCUGGAACGCAUGGUGUGCAUCGUGCGCCUGCGGCGCGGCUUGAGCGGCCCGGGGCGGCGGACGCAGGCGGCGCUGCUGGCUUUCAUAUGGGGCUACUCAGCGCUCGCCGCGCUGCCCCUCUGCAUCUUGUUCCGCGUGGUCCCGCAGCGCCUUCCCGGAGGGGACCAGGAAAUUCCGAUUUGCACAUUGGAUUGGCCCAACCGCAUAGGAGAAAUCUCUUGGGAUGUGUUUUUUGUGACUUUCAACUUCCUGGUGCCAGGACUGGUCAUUGUGAUCAGUUACUCCAAAAUUUUACAGAUCACGAAAGCAUCGAGGAAGAGGCUUACGCUGAGCUUGGCGUACUCCGAGAGCCACCAGAUCCGAGUGUCCCAGCAGGACUACCGGCUCUUCCGAACACUCUUCCUGCUCAUGGUUUCCUUCUUCGUCAUGUGGAGUCCCAUCAUCAUCACCAUCCUCCUCAUCUUGAUCCAGAACUUCCGACAGGACCUGGUCAUCUGGCCGUCCCUUUUCUUCUGGGUGAUGGCCUUCACGUUUGCCAACUCCGCCCUAAACCCCAUUAUGUACAACAUGUCGCUGUUCAGGAACGAAUGGAGGAAGAUUUUUUGCUGCUUCUUUUUCCCAGAGAAAGGAGCCAUUUUUACGGACACGUCUGUCAGGCGAAAUGACUUGUCUGUUAUUUCCAGCUAACUAGCUGCUGGUGCCAGGUAACCACGGUGUGCAUGUAAAGGGAGUUAACUUCAGGGAAAGCCCACCAGUGCACUCUGCUUUAAGAAUAUCCAACUUCCAACAGCAUGCAUCUACAGGGCCAGCAAAUUAAGGAAUGAUCGCUCAGUAUAAAACUAUUUUUCCUUAAAAGAACUUUCUAUGGGUUCCUUUUGUGAACUUUUUUAGUGUGUUUGUAAUAUGAUUGAGUUAAUAAAUUUUUAUUUAUAACUGUUCCUACA